UUGAGUCGUUUAAGGUGCGAGCGAGCGCCAGGCCUCAGCAAUUUAUGCAAAUAUAAUAGGCGUGCCAUGUCCGUGACUCACUACCGGAACUGCACGGAGAAGCCAUAUAAAAACUAAUGGGAGAGUUAAUACGCAGAUAGCUAGAGCUUUGCGGCUCGCGCAGACGAGGGAAUUAAAAAAAAGCAGAGAGAAGGAGGAUAAGAAAUUGAUCACGUCUGUAAAAUAAUAAAAUAAAUCUCUCCCCCUCUCUGUCAUUCUCUGACGAAGUGAGCCUGCACAUUACAAUGGCUGAUGAAAAUGCCAACACGAAAUGCAGUAGUUUUAACGUUCUGAACUGGGAGCAAGUGCAGCGGCUGGACAGGAUCCUGACAGAGACGAUCCCGAUCCACGGGCGGGGAAACUUCCCGACCCUGGAGCUGAAGCCCCGGCAGAUCGUGCAGGUGGUGCGGAGCCGCUUGGAGGAGAAGCGGAUCCGGGUGCGGGAUGUGAGGCUGAACGGCUCGGCGGCUAGUCACGUCCUGCACCAACGCAGCGGGCUGGGCUACAAGGACCUGGACCUUAUCUUCCGGGCUGACCUGAGCGGGGACAAGGAGUUUCAGACCGUCAAGAACGUGGUGCUGGAUUGCCUCUUGGAUUUUUUGCCCGAGGGCGUGAACAAGGAGAAGAUUACCCCGCUGACCCUGAAGGAAGCCUAUGUGCAGAAGAUGGUGAAAGUUUGCAACGACUCGGACCGCUGGAGCCUCAUCUCGCUGUCAAAUAACAGCGGCAAGAACGUCGAACUGAAGUUCGUGGACUCGCUGCGGCGCCAGUUCGAGUUCAGCGUGGACGCCUUCCAGAUUAACCUGGACUCGCUGCUGCUUUUCUAUGAGUGCUCGGAGCACCCCAUGUCCGAGCACUUCCACCCCACCAUCCUGGGCGAGAGCGUCUACGGCGACUUCGAGGAGGCGCUGGAGCAUCUGCAGCACAAAGUAAUCGCCACCAGGAACCCCGAGGAGAUCCGCGGCGGCGGCCUCCUCAAGUACUGCAACCUGCUGGUGCGGGGCUUCCGGGCGGCCUCCGAGAGCGAGAUGAAGGCGCUGCAGCGGUACAUGUGCUCCCGCUUCUUCAUCGACUUCUCGGACAUCGGCGAGCAGCAGAGGAAGCUGGAGUCCUACCUGCAGAACCACUUCCUGGGCCUGGAGGACCGUAAGUAUGACUAUCUGAUGACCCUACAGAGGGUGGUCAACGAGAGCACCGUCUGCCUGAUGGGACACGAGAGGAGGCAGACCUUGAACCUCAUCACCAUGCUGGCCCUCCGGGUCCUGGCUGAGCAGAACAUCAUCCCCAAUGUGGCCAAUGUGACCUGCUACUACCAGCCGGCUCCUUACGUGACCGACGCCAACUUCAACAACUACUACAUCGCCCAUGUGCAGCCGGUGUUUACCUGCCAGCAGCACACCUACUCCACCUGGCUGCCCUGCAACUGAAAGGAAGGCAAGAAGGCUUUGCUGUGAUACGGACAAAAGGGGCAAAAAGAGCAGAGGGUGAGAACGCAAUGGGGAGGGCACAGCACCUUUCUUUGUGGUUUGGAUCGGGGUGGGAGAAACACACUAUAUAUACACACACACACACACACACACACACUAGAAAGUUCGACCCUGCCCUGUCUUGUUUAGUGCAAUGCUGAUCUGCUCAACUCUUCAGAGCUUAACUUUUAAUUAAAAAAAAAUAGCUCGCCUGCAUUUUUUCCCUCUAGUUGAGGCAGAUCGAAACUGUUUGAGAGAGGGGAAGGGGAGUAAAAUCACAUUCGAUUUAACCCCGAGCCAGGAGGUGGGUAUGGCAGCUUUAAAAUGCUUCUUUUUAAAAAAAAACAAAAUGACAAACAUUGUUUUUUGCUUUGGCUUUACCUCUCCCAUUCUGGCUGUCAUCCUACAAUGACAACAUGGGAAUUCAGCACCCGUACACUCUUGUGGUCGGGACUGACCAGCCCCUUUUAACAAAAAAUGCUGAUUUGGGGGUGAAGGAGAGGCUCAGAUUUUCCCUUGCCUGUUCUCCGAUAAAUUCAUACAGCAGAGAAGCUGAAACCUAGAGGUCCGUCUCGUGUUGCCUUCUGUAAACAGGGUGGGGGACCGGUUGCAUUUGGGGGCUUGCGAUCGCCAUGUAUGGGAUGAUACACCAAGUGAAACUGCUUCUUCGCAGUUGCAUGCUUUUUUUUUGAGUGCUUUCUAAACUCUAAUGGUUUUGCUCCAGACGCAGGAUGCAGGAUUAUUAUCAGAUGACGACAGAAGUCGCUAUUGUGCUAUCCGCGGCUCCUGGUUUCAGAGAGCGUACACUUCACUUUUAUUUUGGACGUGAAAGUGUGCAGAACGCUUGGCUAAUAUAAUGUUCAAGGACCAAAGAUAUUUUUCGUUUUAUAUAUGUACAGUAUAUCAACAAAAAAAACCCAUGGACAAGAACAGAUGUGGCUAAUUUAUAUUUGUCUACAUGAACAUGAAUCAAAAGUGCCUAUUAUCUAUACGAAUGGGAAUGGAGAUACUGUAUUCAAAUCUUGUGGCUUAAUCCACAUUUUUCUUUAUCAGGGACAAAAAGAACGUGUUCUUGCACGAAUUACUAAAUUCCCUAUUUUCUUGGAAAAUACUUGUACUUCAGAAAAAAGUUGCUGUUUAUGUGAUAGUUUAAAAGUAUGUAUUGUCUUGGACAGUGUAGCACUUAGGUAAGUGUUUAAACAAAGUACUUUAUAUUUUCCAGUUUAUAAUAAGAGGUUCCUUGGCACUUUGUUUCCUCACUCAGAAAAGGUAUAAUAUGUCAUGUGCCACAGUUGCGUUUGAGUUUAUGAACUAAAUAAAGCACAGUUGGAUGUCUGGGGAUAUAUACAGGUGAGAGAGAACUGUGAAAUCUUGUAGUUUGCUUAUAACACCAACCUAAUUGUGAAGUCAGAUAAGUAAUCCAAUUGAAUCCUCCUAGAAAUGAGGAUGGGAUACACCUGAGUUGCUCAUAACUGGGCUUGUGUAUGAUCAGGUUGGCUGUCCCAGCACUUCAUUAAUCAUAUCCAAAUGUGUUAUUCUUAAUCUAGUUUAUGAUAAGAUCACGUGAUUACUUUACUUUAUAUGACAAUUUUGAGGAACAAAAUCACCAAAAAAAACCCCUGAUUUAGGGCUGCAAACCAAAUGAAGUGUUUGACACCUGACUAACCUAAAAAGGUCGGGGAAAUACUUGAGCACAAGCCAAUGGAAGUUGAAUCGGAAAGUGACAAUUCAAUCUGGAUUCUGAUUAGGCAUAUUGGUGGGAGGGGGGUGGGGGGACCUGCCUGUUGUAUACUGAGGGAAGGGUCUGCUAUCAGUUAUUUGACCCAUGACAACAACAGCUGUCAUUUUGCAUAGGCAUGUAGUUUUUUUUUUAAACACUGCAACCAAAACAUGGUAUGUCCAGGUAUUACCAUUACCCCCACCUCUAUCACUGUUCUCCAGUUCAGAAAUAUGCUUAAAAAUGGAGAUUGAAGUUUAUGGUAAAUUGAUGAAUGAACUGUUUAAGUGACUGCCAGCAGGAGAUUGUGCCUGUCCUUUAAUCUCUUUAAAAUACUUUAAUCUCCAAUUCUAGUUUACCAUGUGUUCCAAAUUUGCUCUUUAUUGGUGUGCAUUUUGGCCAAAGUUUAUUAUACCUGGAUCCAUUAAAACAUUCCUAUAACAUGUUUGAAAAUUGUAAGAGUUUUGAGCCAGGAGGGGGAGAAGAACUUUGCAUUCUGAGCUCUUACAAUCAGGAGCUAGGAGAAGUCUUGCCCAAUUUGCAGUGGGGAAAGAGUUGUACUGGUUUUUGAAUGCACAUUUUUUAAAAAAAAUGUUCAGUUAAUUUUGAAAACAAUCAUCGUCUGUUACUUGGAAAUAAGCACAUUCUAUUGAGAGAGGUAGGCUUAAAAAUGUGCAACAGAAUGAACUCAACCGUGCCCUUUGUUUGCUUUAUCAAGAACUUGUGUUUACUGUUGCACGUCACUUAUACAUUCUACAGGACCUGACAAACUGCUUGAAAUACAGCACAUUGUUUACUUGAGGGAGGUGGGGAAAUACCUUCUUUGCCCGACAUUGAAUGGCAUGUAUCUUGCUGUUUGUUCAGUGUAUUACCCCAGUGAUUGAUCAUGCAAAGGAAAGAUUUGUUUCCUCAGUCGGUAGCAGUAGAUGCAAAUCAGAAGUAGCACAUAUCUGUCAGAAUCACUGUACACCUCGCAGCUGCCUGUUUGCCUUUGAACUAAAGCAUGUAGAGAAGGAUUGGGGAGAUAGGAUCAGCUGGUGAUGUGGUACAUUCAUUCUUAUCAGUUAUUUGGAGUUCCCAUGGAAGCCAUUCUUCAGCAGUGAGUCAUCCUUUAUUAGGAUCAACACUACUGUGGGAGGCUUGUAGACAUCGCUUGUAAAGAGCAAGUCUGUAAAACCACAACAUUAGAUAACUCUCUUUCAAGCAUUGGGAUUGGGAGUGGGAAAGCAAAAGAUUUAGGAGACCUAAACUGGUUCCAAAACGUAUCACUGCCACGAUAUCAAACUGGUAAAGAAAGAGUUUAAAAAGCAGUGUUGCAGCUAAUAUUGAGAUAGCUUAAAACUACUCUGCCAAAUUGUUAAGUGGAAAUUGGUAGUAGAGGCUGCAAACUAUGAAGCCUCAAUGUGUUUUUCUGAUUUGGUUGAGAACUGGUAAGGAGGAGGGGGAGCAAAGGGAUGAAGAAUUUGCACGAAUUCCAGUUAAUAGCACAUGUAGCAACACAAUUGUAACACGUGUAGCAACACGACAGGCUGAAAUUACCAACUUUUUUUUACAAUAUUGAAUGGAAUUUCAGCUGCCGUGGCCCUUUUAACAACCAGAGUGGUGUGGGAGGCUUGCUUUUUAAGUGACCAUCCAAGCAUGAAUAGUUAAAUGGUGCGUUUUACCAAAAUCUUUCAUGUUGAUAAAUCUUUUUGACAGUUGGAUUAGCUGCUGUUUGUUUAUUUUUAAAAUCCCCUUUUCAACUUAUGCUGAAUACUGUCAACAAGUGAUUGAAUUGUUUAGAAAUGUAUGUACUUUUUCUCAUUUUCAGCCCCCCCACCCUCAACACACACGUGUGUACACGCUCCACCCCCCGCCUUAGUUGCUUUUGCCACUAAUUGGUGGGGGGAGCUGUUAUUCCAAGUUGAAACAAAGUACGCCAGCUGAAAUUCUGAAGUAAAAUGUACUGCAACUUGCAAUGUCUAAGGUUUAAGGUUUUUUAAGUCUGUAAUCACCUUGUGAGAUUUUUUGUUGCAUUUGAAUGUUCUGCAAUCCCACCCCAACUCCUCACCCCCCCCCCCCCCUUAAGGAAAAAGAAUCAUAUGUACUUGUGGGCAAAAAGAACAUUUGAAUAUCCCCAAGAUUCCCCAGCAGGUUGGGUGGCUUGCUGUAUGCCUUGGAAUACGAGGAAGGCUCUGUGCAUUUACUUUUUCUUCAACUGGCGCACGUAUGUUUGGCUUCUGAGAGGCUUCCUGUUACAGCAAACUGUGACUUGGAUUUGUCUGCUGGACUGUGUGACUGGGGGCUCUGUCAAAGAGGAAAUCAAGAAGCUGAUGGAACCUAGACUUUGAAGACGUAAGCAUCUGUGUUAGUCACAAAGGGAACAGAUUGUGAAUUUUGUUUACACAAUCCAAUAUUUGGAUUUUUUGUUUUUUUGGUAAAUAAAAGGAAGUUAUUUUUUUCUAUU